AAUUUUUUAAACUGAAAAAAAGCAUGAAAGAGUAAAUGGUCUAAUUUAAUCUCUGGAUAUAUCUCGAAGUAAAAUAUUAUGAACUUCAUAUAGUAUUUACUUCUAUUCUGUAUCAACGAAGAACGUAUCUAAAAUGAAAUGCGCAUAGCACAGGGUCAGUGUAUAGACACGAUUCUUUACAUCAAUAUAAAUUGGAAUAUUUUUAAAGUGUCACUAGUGUAUUACAUUCGUAUCCGUUCUAUACAAGUAUAUUUCACCCAUCUUUAUAAUUGUUUAUGUACUUACAAAUUUCGUGUGUGUAAUUCAAUUUACAAUGUCAUACUUUUAGCUUGUUUCCUCAAUCUAACUUAAUCCAUGAUUGGGAACAUACACAAUAUAUGUAUUGUUCAUAUUUGUUUCCAAUAUGGUCAUCGAAUAGCAUUGCAGUUACAUAGUCAGGUUAUGGAGUGUUAAGGAUUACAGACAAAAUACAUCGGCCAUUUUUCCGUAUUCAGCUCUUCAUUGUUUCCAUAUCCUACUCUGAAGUUUCAGAAGUCGGACCACCUUUGGUCUCGAUAACCAACUGACAAUGCAUCGACAUACUCUCCACGAGGGGGACCAACUUGUCCUAAGCCUAACGCAGCAAAAUAGUUUUGCUUGUUCGUAAAGUCGGAUUGGUCCAUCUUGUUGUCCAGAAUCGCCCAUAAAUUCGCAAUAGAAUUCAAGUCGGGGCUUUAAGGAGGCCACAUAAUUGAUUUGACCCGGACCGAUCGGAAGAAUGAUGCUGUUUUCUUCGCAGUGUGCUUCGGGUUCUUAUCUUGCUGGAGGGUGUAGUCCCAUUUUCAGCAUGAAUUCUUCCAGGUUCUCGCACAACCUCGCACAGCUCUCGAUGCAACCAUCGGCAGUCAUAAUACCGUUGACCUGGGCUAAGUUUCCCACCCCAACCCAUGAGAAGAUUUAUGUUAAGAUUUGCUUUCCACCCAUUUUCCGCAAGCUUCAAAAAACGUGUCUAAAACACGUCACUACGCACGAAAAGUUGACUGAACAGCCACAAAAAAUCCAUUAUUCGUCUGUAUCGUGCAAAAUUUUUGCAAAACCUCUCAGCAUCAAUAAAGAAUUUUGUCCGCUCGCUAGCUGGAUUGAGACUGUGAUGUUCUUCUUCUUCUUAGAUGGCACUAACGUUCCCAGUGGAACUUUUGCCUUUUUUAUUAGUAAUACUUAGUUGAGAUUUCUAUGCCGGAAAACACGCCUUAAAUGUAUUCUGAAAUGGCAAGCUCUAGAAUACGUGUGAUCACAGUGUAAGUCGGAAGAAAUUUCUUUGACGAAAAAUCUCCCGGCCAGAACGGGAAUCGAACCCGAACCCCCGGCAUGAUAAUGUGGGACUCUAACCGUUCGGCCACAAUAGGAGACUGUGAUGUGCAAUCAGUUGAAAACAUGCGGAACUUACAUUGCAAUAUUUCCUUUCUCCACAUUGCUCUUAGAAAAAAACGCUGCAUUUGAUUCGCAGUGAUAUGUAGGGGAAAAGGGGGGAAUUUGGACCACCUAAGCAAAUCGCAUAAUAUUUCCAAACCAAUACGGUCUAAAUAAAAAAUGUCACAUUGUAUACUAAGCUACACUUGUUUUCUCUCAAUCAAUAAUGUUUAAUCAUUAUAUCAAGCUUAAAACUACCAAAUAUAUAUAAAAUAAAAGAGAUGAUGUUUGGACAUUAAAAUUUGAUGCGGGGUGAUUUGGUCCAGUGUGUGAUUCAUCGAAAAAAACAUACUUAUGUUUAUGUAAAGUAUUUUGGAAUAAUGUUAAAGUCAGUAACAGUGUUUUGGGAUCGAUACCAGGUGUCUUGGCCAGAUUCCAGACCAGAAAAAUUGGAUUGAGACCAUCUCGAAUUCUGCAUGGAUUUUUUCACUGUUGUUCGAGCACUUUCAAACACUUUCGAUGCUUGGCCAAAGAAAAUCUGUUCUUAAUGGCCUGCGUGGCUCUUUCAAGCUCCUCCUUCUUACGAUGUUGUCUGCUCAUCCUCUUUUUGUAAUUCAGCGGCAUCUGGAAUCAAUUAGACCAAAGAAAAUCCUCAAAUCUGUAGGACCAAUUCACCCCACAAAAGCGUGUCCAUGUCACCCCACACAACAUGCAAAAAUUAAAAUGUAAUUAAUUUAAUUUAUUGUUAUCAAACUUACAGUUUCGCUGUAUCAAAUUGUUCCUCCUCUGUAGACGAACAGAACUUUACUGCACAAUACACGAAAAGUUUGUUUAAUCAGCGGGAAAAACCUUAAAACCACGAUCGGAAAAUUCACAUUUUUUGGCAAUCAAAGUGCUUGCUGUGUUCAUGCUACCAUUUCCUUCCACCUGUCGAAUUUGACCAAAAUUUUUUUACUUUAGUUACAUACGGUUCAUUAAUGAAAGAAGAUGAUAUUAUAAAAAAUCCUCUUUGAGCCGCACUUUUUGAGAUAAUGGGGUGGUCCAAAUCACCCCGUAUGUCCAACUCACCCCGUGUUACCCUAAAUAUGGUACCUCACAUAUGCAUAAGCUGCGCCUCAAAUGGGUAGAGCAAAUGCGUAGGAAGAUGGAAAUUUUUCCAAACCGUGUACGGUUUGAAUAUUUAAAUAUAGAAUAUCGAACAAAUAUUAGAGAGUUAUUAACGUUAAAAUUAUUUCAUUUCAUUUUUUUAUUUUGCACCAUUACUGAAAAACGUUGUCCUAUGUCAAAAAAGAAAGAUACUCCAAUGGAACAAAUCUUCCUUAAAUCCUACGUUUCGACAUCCUUAUCAGUUGAUUUGUAGCUCCCACCGUAAUGUGCAGCAGAAGCUAAAGAGUAAAACCGAGAUCAAGAUGGAAGUAUUUGAAGUGAAGAAGCACCUGACCAAAAUGAACAUCUUCAUGCGCAAGCGUCAGUCAAAACCGGACAUGCCUGAGCAGCAAGCAAUUACCCAGAAGGAGCGGCUGAAGGUACUAAUAGAAAACAUAUUUCCGACGUCUUCGUCAUAGUGAGUCACGAGACCUACUCGACGCUGGACGGAACGACUGGCAGGGGAAAGCAUACUUUACGUCCCGCACCAAGCGAUGACGUCAAGAAUAUCUUUCUCAACAAGUGCCCGACGAAGAUUCUUCUGUGGCUGACGAUCACCGGGAAGGGAAUGUUCAAGACUUUGUACUUUGCCUCAAGGUAUGCGGUGAACGUGGAGAUAUACAGUAUAAAGUAACUACCGAAAGUUGCCGCCAUCAUCAAGAAGUAUCACGCGAAGGAGAAUCAGGUCUUUGAUCUCCGCCCACGAUGCCACGAUCCCUGGUGGAAAUUGAACUAAGACCACCAACCCUUCCAACGUCCCCCAUUUGCGAUCGAUGGAGAAUUUCAGGGCGAACCUCAAACGAAAGAUCUACUUCAAUAAUUUCAUGGAACCGCACCGCACAAAUACAAGUUUUGAAGAGAGCAAUAAUGUACAAUUUCAUGCGUUUGUGGAUUCACUGCGGAUACGUAUCCUCGAUUUGAAGAUGUGGAUUUUGCACUUGCCGGCGCGAAAAACGAGUUACUCCUGUAUGGUUUAUACCGAUUCAAAGACUCGAGCUUCAAGCAGCAGUAAUCGGACCACGUUUAGUAAAUUACAUCAUAAAGCCACACAAGCUUUCGGUAGUUUCGGUAGAAUAUCUUCUGACAGGGCUCACGGUCUGUUUGUAGCAGUGUUGGUCAGUCAGGGAAAUGCUAGAGUUGAGCCAAAGGAAUGGAAUAGGGUUCCACCGAAGUAGAAUGUAGCUGAUAGCGCAACAUCGCAGAAGUUAUCGGAUUUAUCAUCUUCAAGUCGCUGGUCCCAUGGCGCUAAAUCCAGUUAUUGUAUUCAUUUCGGUAUCUGAGUUCGGAUGGUUUCCACACUUUAUUAAGCGAGGUUUCUACUGCGAUGAUCGAACAAUACAGCGUCCCUAUAAAGGAGAUACAGUCACCAUUGCCGUAAUAAUAUUGAGUGGCUUUGUUCCCCUGUUUCUGAUAUGGUUCACAGAGGCAUUAUUCUACUCUCCAACUGCGAUGGAAUGUACCAAAAUUGACAGUUCGAAUUCCCGCUGUCUUGACUCAUGGUACAACACUUGGCAUUGGUUCAAGAAGUACGGACGCGGUUUACUCAUCAAGCUUCUUUUAGUGGAUAUUAUGAAGAUAUUUUCCGGUGAACAUAGACCACAUUUUCUAGAUACUUGUAAACCCAAUGUAAUCUGUGAAGGCAGCGAAUACGUAUCAAGCUACAUUUGCACAAACACCGUGGAUAAUCAGUAUUUUAUCCGGGAUGCCAGUAAAUCAUUCCCCUCUGGGCACUCCUCACUGAGUGUCUAUCAGGCAAUUUUCGUAAUUUGGUAUCUGCAAAAACGUAUUCCUAACAUUAAGUCAACCAUGGCGCUACCUCUGGCGCAAUUUUUAUUAGCAACGUGGGCCGUAUUUUGCUCGCUAUCAAGAAUAGCGGACAAUCGGCAUCACUGGUGGGAUGUUCUUGCUGGCGCAAUAAUUGGAGUCAUAGCUGCGGGUUUAACGUGUUUUAUCAGUUGCAACAACUUCGAUCGAUUCAAACGGGAAUCGAACUAUAAGGUUCAUAACGACAACCUGAUGGGUAGCGUGGCACAUUACAAAGAGGAUAAUCUGCCUGGAAUAGUUAAUUCAAUAUAAUCAACAAACUCGUACUGUUAGAUUCUGUUUGGAAAUUGAUCAUUCCAUAAAAAAUAAUGUACAAUCAUUGAUCCUAAACGGCAUGGACUUUUAUGUUUCAUACCAAUGCGUGAACGGAUAACCAGGAAUGCUACAAUUACUUACUAUAUCGACAGAAAAGGUAGAUUGUGAUAUUAGUGUGUAAACUAAUAAUUAUUUCUAUAAGUGUCUAUAAUGGAAACAUAAUGUCACGGAAACACAGUAUUUCAUUGAGCAAACUUGAGAUGUUUAUACCGAACCCCAACUACGUAACUAUGUAACACAAAACCGUUCUUCGUUGUGCAAUUUCCGUCUCUUCAGAAGUAAAAAUGCAUGCUAGAGUGAGUAUCAAAACAGGGGAAAAUGCGCGCGACUGGAAGCGAUAGAACCGGUUGCACUUUGCUAGUCAUGUGAUGCGACGACGAAAGUAAAAAGAGCGAAAUUGUCUUAUGUAAGAAAAAGCAGUGCAGGAGCUUUAAACAAGUGGCUAGAUAGCAACUAGCAUCGGCUAAGAUGAGCCCUUAUCGGCUAUAGUUUAUGACCCUGUACAUGGUAAAAGAUUAACUUUGUACAAUAACAACAAUAUGACCGACUGAUAUGUGAAACACGUGAAUAAAGA